CACCUUUCGAUACAACCAUUAUAUUUUUACCCAGAAAGUACAGACGCGGUAAAAUUCCCGGAACGUAAACAACGACAUCCUGUUUGCUCUUGCUAUAAAAAGUCGUUUCAAACUGUUGUGGAUCACUCGUCGACGUGUUGCACAGCUAUCAUUUAAUAUUACUUUCACAAAUUCUGACAUCUGACCAUGAGCCCAGUACUGAAGCUCUCUGUCAUCUGCGUGGUCCUUGCAGUGUCGGCACUGAUGUCGCAGACCGCGGAGGCUAACCCCAUUGGGGACUGCUAUGAAGCGUGGAGCCGUUGUUCUCAGUAAGAUCAAAUACAUUAUUUAGGCUCUUAUUUAUUAUGUGAAAUACUUUCUUUCUGGCACAAGCAUAUUCGUAUGAAGACUGGUCGGAUGUGGCCUUCCCUUUUCUUUCUUGGGGGGGGGGGGGGGGGGGCGUGACUUGGGGUCACUUUUGUAAUAUUGAAUGACUGCUUUUUCGGUCAACUGCAGAGUGUUUUUUUUUUGUUUUUUUUUGUUUUUUUUCGUUGAAGGGGGUGGCAAAAGGACUUGGGUCGCCUCGAGGUGGCACUGACCCUAGCUACGCCUCUGCACCUCUCUCAUUUAUCUGAAUAUUGUCUCUGCUCUUCACGCACCACGCGUUCCACGUUUUCUGUGUUACUGUAUCACUAUGCCAACCCUGUGUACAUUUGUAUAGGAUUUUCACAACUUCUUUAUCAACAAUUACAAUUUCGCUGCUCCCAUUCUAUCACUUUUAUGUUUUAUUGCAAUAUUUUUAUUUUAAAAGAAUUAAGUGUUUCGGGAAAUGUGGGGGUGGGUGGGGGUCGCGUAUUAUGAGUGCAAUCCUGUCAUUUUUAGGCCAUCUGCCAUUGUGUUGACCUCUUGUCUUUUUACUCGUGGUUUGUUACGUACGACAUACUAGAUCAGUGUGUUUAGAUUUAGACGGGAUCAGUGAGGCGUGAUACACUCGGGAUCAGUGGGGCGUGAUACAAAAGGGAUCAGUGGGGCGUGAUACACACGGAAUCAGUGGGGCAUUAUACACACGGAAUCAGUGGGGCAUGAUACACACGGAAUCAGUGGGGCAUUAUACACACGGAAUCAGUGGGGCGUGAUACACACGGAAUCAGUGGGGCGUGAUACACACGGAAUCAGUGGGGCGUGAUACACACGGAAUCAGUGGGGCGUGAUACACACGGGAUCACUGGGACGUGAUACAUUUGGGAUCAGUGGGUUGUGAUACAGAUGGUAUCAGUGGGUUGUGAUGUACACAUUAUCCACGGGUUGACGAACAACACAUCGCAUGCACUUUAAGCCCACUUAUCUAUAGGUAACAUUGCAUCUUACAUAACUUGACCGCUUUGCUUCACCAAAUACUUAAUCAUAACGAUUGAUUGACGUUUUUAUUUAUUCCACAGAUGGAGCAACUUUAUGAGUGGCAAAAGGUUUGGCUGGCUAACUUGUUCUCAAAAGUGUCAAGAAUUGGGACAUCAAACUGGGGUGUGUGUCUUGACCCCUUCUAACUGCCCCAUUGCCCGUGAAGCAUAUCAGUGCCAAUGUCAGGAUUAAGAGAUCUAAUACAUGGGAUCUGAAUCUAUCGUCGCAUUGUCGACACAAUUUUCACUAGUCAAGCUUUUUUUUUCCAAAUUAAAGGAAUAAAGAUUAUGUUUUUGGCUUU